AUGGGUGCUCGUUCAAGUCGUGACACACAUGAAAACUGGGAUAUGAAUGAAUUAUCACAGGCCACUGGUGUAUCUCCUCAACAAAUUCAGAAAAUCUAUCAAUCAUUUCAACAAGCAGCUGGUCGUGAUGGAGUAUUAGAUCAGAGUGAAUUCGCUGGUUUGUACAGUCAUUUUCCUGGUGCUCAGCAACAAGGUCCUGAAUAUAUGCAACAACAAAUUCCUCGACUCUUUCGUACAUUUGAUCGUGAUCGUUCCGGUGCACUUUCAUUCGAUGAAUUUCUUAAUGCUAUCGUUAUGAUGAAUCGUAACAUGCCUCGUCAAGAUCGUAUUAAUUUUCUUGUACAACAAAAUAAUAAACAUGGACGUCAGCAGGGUGAUGGACGUAUUACACCUGAAUAUGGUCAUCAAGUUUUUCGACGUCUUAAUGAUUAUUAUGGUUUACCUCCUGGUACAGAACAUCAAUGUUGGAAAGAACUUGAUCGAAAUAAUCGUGGUUACGUCACUCAAAACGAAUUUUCACAAUAUAUUAGCCGACAACCAGUCUACAAUCAACGUUAUCAAUCUUAA